AGACUGCAGAAUCUCAGCCAAAGACAGAGGAUGACACUGGAAUGAACCUAGCAGUAGCACAAAAUACAUGUUGUCAAGAUGAAAAUAAUAACAGUAGUGAUUUUGCUCAUAUUAAAUCUAGCAAAUUGCUUUGCACAGACAGCAGGAAGCUUUCUAAUAUAUAAUGUGGAUUUUAACAAAUGCAUGAGCAACUCCCUGGAACGGCUUUCCACUUGUGACCAAAACAGUAACUUACAACAGUAUCGCUGGACUUCAAAGAAUCACAUUUUGAACACUUAUACAAAGAAAUGUCUUGGAGUAGGAAGUAAAACAGUGGGCAAAAAACUGCAGUGGCUGAUUUGUGACAAUGACAGUGUUCUGCUGAAGUGGGAAUGCCACGAUACAUUGCUUGGCUUAAAGAAUGAGUCUCUGUACCUGGCUGUAAAUGAUUAUGGUAUGCUCGUGAUCUCUAAAGACACUGGAGCGAAGAGCAAAUGGACAAUUCAUGGAACACUAAACAGCAUUUGCUCCAAGCCUUAUGAAGAAUUGUACACCAUUGGUGGGAAUGCAUUUGGGCGCCCAUGCCAAUUUCCUUUUCUUUAUGAAAGUAAAUGGUAUGCUGAUUGUACCAAAAUUGAUACACAAAAUCAACGUCUAUGGUGUUCUGUUGAAACAAACUACGGUGAAAAUCAGCUGUGGGGCUACUGCCCAACACCUGACAAUACUUUCUGGACCAAACAUCCUCUGACAAACGUCUAUUACCAAGUGAAUAGUGGGUCGGCCCUGACAUGGUACCAGGCUAGAAAGAGCUGCCAGCAGCAAGGUGCGGAGCUGCUGAGUGUCUCUGAACCUCACGAACACACCUUUAUAGCAGGAAUUGUCCAGAUGACUCAAAAUACACUAUGGACAGGACUCAAUAAAUUAGAUGUAACCAGUGGAUGGCAAUGGAGCAAUGGACAGCCUUUACGCUAUCUGAAAUGGCUCAGUGGAUACCCAACCACACAACCAGGCUACAAUUGUGGUGUCAUGAAAAAUGCUUUUGGUUCUGAAUGGUCAAAUGAACCUUGUUCUGAAAAACAUGGAUAUGUCUGCCAAAGAGGCCAUUCUGUUCCAACUCUUCCACCAGUGGUGGACACUGGUUUUUGCCAUAGCCCCUGGAUUCCAUAUUCAGGCAACUGUUAUCUCCUUCAUCGCAAUAAGCACACAAGGCUGGAUGCACGAGACUCCUGUCUGCGAGAAGGUGGAGACCUGCUGAGUAUUCUCAGCAAAGAAGAGCAAAGCUUUGUUAUCACACAGCUUGGAUACUUGAAAACAGACGAGCUGUGGAUUGGUUUCAAUGACCGUAAAACGCAGAUGCUGUUUGAGUGGAGUGACCAGUCUAGCAUCCCGUUUGCCUCAUGGGAAGUGAGUGAGCCGAGUCACAAUGCUGUCUAUGCAGAGGACUGCGUGAUAAUGAGAGGAGAGGAGGGAAAGUGGGCCGAUGAUAUUUGUGAAAGCAAGUAUGGAUUCAUCUGUAAGAAGAAGGCCAGUUCUAAAGCCUCAAAUAAUGACACAGCUGUCACAAGUCCCGGAUGCAGAACUGGUUGGACCAGGUAUGGGUACUACUGCUACAUGGCAGGAUCCGAGACUAAGACCUUUGAAGAAGCAAAACAGAUGUGUGCAAAAGAUGAUUCCCAACUGGUUGAUAUUUCAUCCAGAGUAGAAAAUGCAUUCCUCGUUAGUCUAGUUGGAGCACGGCCAGAGAAGUACUUCUGGAUCGGAUUGUCAAAUCAGAGGGAUCUGCACACUUUUGAAUGGACCAAUACUAAGGAAGUCCCAUAUACUCAUUUCAACGCUGGGAUGCCAGGAAGAAAACAAGGCUGUGUAGCCAUGACAACUGGACUUGUUGCUGGGCUUUGGGAUGUGCUCAGCUGCUCAAAUAAGGAAAAAUACAUCUGCAAGCAUAUAGCCGAUGGACUAGUUACAACUCUAGCCCCACCAACCACAACUGAAUUGGCCUGUCCCAAAGACUGGACCCCACUUUUGUUAAGAGACUUUUGUGCCAAGAAUUUUAAUGUACCUCAGAGCCAAAAGAAGACUUGGGAUGAAGCUCUUGACUUCUGCCGAGAGCUUGGCGGUGAUCUCCUGAGUAUCCAUCAUGAGGCUGAUAUUUUUGAGAAGCAAAGAGGUUUUAGAACCCAUCCAUCAUGGAUUGGUUACAGAAUGUAUGAUCCCGCUGUGGGCUUUGUUUGGAGUGAUGGUUCUUCGUCCUCCUUUCAAAGCUGGGCUACUGAUGAACCAAAUAAUUACAACAACAUUGAAAAUUGUGUUGAAAUGAGCGUUUCAAUGUGGAACAGAGAUGGAGCAUGGAAUGACAUAAACUGUCUAGACAAGAAGAACUGGUACUGUCAGAUUCAAAAAGGAAAGAUACCAAAGGAAGUAAAUGUUACAGAUCCAGUUUAUAAUAAAACAGAGGAUGGCUGGAUUCAGUUCAAAGGUAGCCAGUACUAUGUGUCUAAGUACUCAUCACAGACAACGCAUGACGCUCGGAAAUUCUGUAAGAAAUCACAUGGCGAUCUUGUGGUUAUCAAAGAUGAGGACGAGCGGGUGUUCCUUUGGCAUCAGACUAAACUUUCGCACAAUGAUUUUAUCAUUGGUUUGACAGUUGAUUUGGACAAUACUUACCAGUGGAUGGAUGGGUCCCCUGUAGUGUUUGAAGCUUGGGAAAGAAAUCAGCCUGCUUUUAAAAACAGCGAGGAAAGAUGUGUGAAGAUGACCACAUCUCAAGGACUCUGGGAAACUAUUAACUGUGGUGAUGAAUAUAAUUUUUUUUGUAAGCGAAGUCAGUCACCUCCAGUAAACACCACGGUGGCCCCUUCACAAGAGCCAAAAGGAGGCUGUGCUCCUGAGUGGAAAAACUUCAAAGGAAAAUGCUAUUACAUGAAAGAAGACAUGAAAACAUGGACUGAAGCGAGAGGAUACUGCAGAGAGCUUGGUGGAGAUCUAGCAUCAAUUAUGAGUAGACAACAACAAGCCUUUUUAAGCACAUUGAGUAGAGAUGAAACCACAGACUUCUGGAUUGGAUUCAGCAAUUUGGCCAACGGGAGGUUCAAGUGGACAGAUGGGAGUAAAGUUACAUUCACUGAGUGGGCCAAAGGAGAACCUGGAACCUUUGAAUGUGUUUUUAUGGGCAGUGCAUCAAGCUCUGUCUUUGGCAAGUGGGUGGCAUCUGACUGUAAUUCGACUCAUGGUUUUAUCUGCAGUCGUGAUGUUGAUCCUGGUAUUGCCCCAGUGCCCACUGAAGUUCCUAAAACCUUUGUCAAUCUCGGAAAUUCAUCUUUCAAAGUGAUUCAAGAGAAUCUAACUUGGAGUGAGGCAAACCGUCGCUGUGAGGCAGAGGGGGCUUAUUUGGCCAGCAUUCGGAAUUUGAAAACACAGGCUUACCUUGAGUUGCAGGUCUAUAGGUCCGAACAGCCCUUGUGGAUUGGUCUCAGUCGUGUACAGACAAAUGGAUAUUUUCUAUGGGCAAAUAACUGGCACAUAAAUAUGGAGAAAUGGGGACCUUCUGAACCACGGCCCAACAGCCCUUGUGCAUACAUGGACAUGGAUGGAGACUGGAAAACAACUAUAUGCAAUCAAACCUUCUUCAGUGUCUGUGAGAAAACAACAGACAUUCCCCCAACCGUUCCAGCACAGCACCCUGGGCACUGCCCACAUGAAGAUGAUGACAGUCCAGUGAGGUGGAUACCUUUCAAAGACAGCUGCUAUGCUUUUGUGACAGAUAUGAAUUCAUGGAGCAGAGCAGCUAGAAUGUGUAUGGCAUGGGGAGCAACUCUUGUCAGCAUUAGGGAUGAAGGGGAACAGAGGUUUAUAGAGAAAACCUUAAUGCUCCUUAAAAGUUCCAAACACUUUUGGAUUGGGCUUUUUCUAUCACAGAAAGGUAACUGGUUAUGGUCAGACAAUACUGUGGUAGAUUACACUAACUGGGAUGAUAUGAACAAUUAUGAAGAUGACUAUCACAGCUAUUCUUGGGAUACCGAGUGCGCAUCAAUCUCUACCACAUCUGGUAAAUGGAAAAAACAGAACUGUGAAUACGCAAGUUCACCAUUUAUCUGCAAAACUCCCAAAGUAAUAAGUCCUACCAUUAAGAGCAUACAAGAAGGUCCUGAACCUCACAAGGUCAAUAAGGGUUUGGCUGUGUUCUUGACUAUUGCAGUGAUUGGCAUAUUGGGAGCUCUAGCUUUCAUGUACUACAGAAAUUCAAAAAGACGGUUAUUGCCUACAUUUGAAAAUCCCACGUAUAAUGACACAGAUGCUGCUUAUUCAUAUAGUAAAGAUGACAAAACAUUGAUUGCCAACAUUGAGAUCGCUGAAUAGAAUUGUGUUUUAUAAUGUCCAAUUACUUGUUUAUGAGAUGGUCAGUCGGUUAUUAUCUAAAAAAAAAAGAGUUUAUUUUGCGAUAAUGGCUCUACAUUUUACUGCUUACCAAAUAUUGAUUUUGGUAGAAAAUAUUUUAUGUUAGAAGAAACAUAGCUACUGUAUGUAGAAGCCAGUUGUUGAUUAUAAGUUCUGUGUUCUGUGGCCAAAAAUAUCUAAGUGCAGAAUGGUGUAAAUGCACAGUAAGAAUGAAAUAUUCUAAAGAAUCAUCCAGAAUCACUGGUUUAAUAUGGCAUUGCCAUUUUUCUGUAUAGCUUCUUUUUUUUCAUACUGUCUUUGAGUUUUAAAAGGUUUGUGAAUAUAUUGAAUAAGAACUGUCUCUAAAUGAAUAUUUACACUGAUAUAUCUGUUUUUGAUCAAACCACAAAUUACACACCAACUGUAGAGUGUACAUUAGUUUAGUUAGCAUGGAAGUGCAGUGCCAGAAACAGGACAAAAUUAUGUAUAAAGGUCAGCUGACAUGGCAACAUUUGCAAUUUAACUUUUCCAUUUUUAGUUUCAGAAAAGGUUAUCCCCUCUUUGAAUUUAGUGGCAAUUUCAACCAUAAGGAAAUACACAUUCAAAUAUAGAAGUGUGUUAAAUAAACUUCUUUGUUUUCAGAACUGUACUGACUUUAUAUUUAUACUGAAUCUGUGAUAAAAAAAAAUCCUUCAUAAUAUUGGCAACGUUACAAUAAGGUCCUGUUAGUUAAUGCAUAAAAAGAUCAAAUAAAAGCAAUAAACCUUUCACAUUAUUAAAAUCAAAAGCUGAAAUUAACAUGAACAAUAAAUAAAUAAAUGCUUUAAAAGUAUUUUUCAUUGUUAAUGUUAACAAAUUGAACCUUACUGUAAAGUAAUGCACAAUAAGAGCCACAUGCACGACAACAAUGCACGAAAACAUCAAAUGGUAAAUUGUACGUGUGCAUUAUUUGUUUAGGAGAACAUUUCAUAGACAAUAUUCAGUCAGACCAACUGAAUACAGAAGUACAUCUAAAUUACAGUGCAGCAGUAUCAGUUUUAUCAAUCCAGUAUCUACAAAGGCAUUUAUGAUGUAUAUACAAAUGCAUAGAAACAAUUUUCAAGCUAUUGUGUUGUCACAAACUAAUGCAUAGAGUACUCAGGAAACAUAAAGGUAUCAAGUGUAAAUAAACGUCAUGGUUCCAGAUACACUGAAAAUAUGAAGAGAUCACAGAUCAUUGCCAUCUUCCUCUUUUCAUUUCUAACAAAACCAGAAAAAAUCUUUUACCAUGCAGUUGUAGUAAAAUAGGUAUUUUCUGAAUCAUUGUACUUAUUCCUCAAAGGAUAUUUGAGUGUGCCUUUUUACUUUAUGAAGUUGAAAGUAAUGAUUAAGAAAAUUUUAUAUAUAUAUAUCCAUUUGAUAUAUAUUGUAUAUAUUUAAACAAACAUUUUGAAAAUCAUAAAUACAUGCAGCUGGUUGGCUAAAAUGAUCUCAUUGUAUAUAUUAUAAAUAUGGAACAGAAUGAAACUGUUUAAUAAACAAUUUUUGCAUGAGCAAAUAACACACUAAGGUCUUUGUAUUGACACAAAUGAUGCUUUGUAUGAAAUUUGUGAAUAAAAUCAGGAUUGAUUUCUGUGACAUACAAUCUAGAAAACCAGGCUAAACUAAACACUGAACUAUGUAUACAUUAAAGCCGACAUGAAAUUGAAAAAUGAAAAUAAAUAUUCUGCUUUGAAUCUCACUGAAA